GCUAACCUUGACAAGCUAGGUAAACACAUGGGCUGCAGGCUCACAAAAACAGCUUAAAAUUAGGUGAUUUGUUACAGUUCCAUUGAAAUUAUUUAACAGGACUAGUCCAAGAUCCGUAAUGUAAUUUUCAUACAGUGGUACCGUUUUUCCAGUUGACUGUUUUAAGCGAAAGUCUGUUUCAACCUUUUGAUAGAAGAAAUGUAUGACCAACGUUAGCGCUUCCCUCCGCUGCUUGGAUUAAAUAUCGUUUCGUGGUCUUCACGUGGGUAUAGCCUGGUGUCCUGCGAUGAGGUUGCCAUUUAUUUUUGUCACCGGAGCCUGCAGAAGUGCUCUCAGACUCCAACAAAGACAGUUUCUAUCCCCAUUCCCAGCUCUACGGAAACCUCAGAGCAUCUUCGCUUUGAGAUUCAUGAGCACCCAGCUGUGCAAAGACGACAGGAGUUUCUAUAUAACCACCCCGAUCUUCUAUGUCAACGCUUCUCCGCAUUUAGGUCAUCUGUAUUCAGCUGUGAUAGCUGACUGCUUACACAGGUAUAAAGCACUUCAGGGAUUCAACUCAAAGUUUGCAACAGGCACUGAUGAACAUGGCUUGAAAAUCCAACAAGCUGCCGAAGCUGCAGGAAAAGAUCCUCUGACCUUCUGCACUGAAGUGUCUGAGCGAUUCAAACAUCUCUUCAGCAGCUGCAGCAUAUCAUACACAGACUACAUCAGAACCACUCAGCAGAGGCACCGUCAGGCCGUGGAGCAUUUCUGGUCGGAGCUCCAGAGUAAAGGGCUCAUCUACAAAGGGAGUUAUGAGGGCUGGUACUCCACACAAGAUGAAAGUUUCCUCAUGCCGUCGCAGGUCGGUGAUUCUCUGGACUCAUCGGGGAAGGAGAUCAAAGUGUCGCUGGAGAGUGGACACAAGGUGGAGUGGAUGAAAGAGGAAAACUACAUGUUUCGUCUGUCUGUGUUUCGGACUCAGCUGCUUGACUGGCUUAGAGGGAAUCCUCGGGCUGUGCAGCCUGAGCGUUUCCACCAGGCUGUUCUCCAGUGGUUGCAGGAAGACCUUCCUGACCUCUCAGUGUCCCGUCAGAGAAGUCGUCUUCAGUGGGGUAUCUCAGUUCCGGGAGAUGCUGAACAAACCAUCUAUGUGUGGCUAGAUGCCCUCGUGAACUAUCUCACAGUAGCUGGCUACCCAGAUAAACAUGACCAAUGGUGGCAUGUGGCCCACCAUGUUAUAGGAAAGGACAUCUUAAAAUUUCAUGCCAUCUACUGGCCGGCUUUUCUUCUAGGAGCCGGACUGCCGCUGCCUCAGGUGAUACAUGUGCACUCCCACUGGACAGUAGAAGGAAAAAAGAUGUCUAAAAGUUUAGGUAAUGUGGUAGAUCCUCUUGAACGCUCACAGAUGUUCACAACCGAUGGUAUGAGGUAUUUUCUCCUGCGUCAGGGUGUCCCAGACUCAGACUGUGAUUACACAGACGAUAAAGUUAUGAAGCUGCUCAACGCAGAGCUCGCUGACACUCUGGGUGGUCUGCUGAACCGCUGCACAGCUCCAGCUCUCAACCCAACUCAGGUCUAUCCCUCCUUCUGCCCUCAGUCCUUCCCCACAGAACAGGGAGGCAGAGCUGUGGUUGAAGACUACCACAUGUUGGAUGCUGUGAAAGUUCUACCAGCUGUGGUAGAGAUGCACUUUGAGAACCUGAAUGUAUACAAAGCUCUGGAGGCCAUCAGUGCCUGCGUGAGGCAGACCAAUGGGUUUGUUCAGCGCCACACACCUUGGAAGCUGGAUAGGAGGGACAGCAAAGACCAGCGCUGGCUAGACACAGUCAUCCACGUCUCACUUGAAUGUCUGAGGAUUUAUGGCACACUCCUCCAGCCGAUAGUGCCAGAGAUUUCUGACCGGCUGCUGUCCAGACUCGGGGUGCGACCAAGCGAGAGGAGCUGGGCCGCUCUCAACUUCCUGCCGAGAUAUGCUGGAAUGGACUGUCCCUUUGAAGGGAGAGCACUAGGAUCUGACUCUGGAGUGCUGUUUAGUCGCUUGGAAAGUCAAAAAGGAGAUAAACAAAAACCUAAGAAAACAAAAAAGUCAGCAAAUUUGAAAUAAAAAGUGUCACAUAAUCUCUUCAGAACUCUUAGGUGUACGGACUAGAGCUGAAAGACAGAAUAAAAAGUCAUAAUGAUAACUUUUGACAGAUGUGGCAAUAUUAUUCAUGAAUUUAGUGCAAGGGGUAGUUUUUUCAUUUUUUCCUAACAAACAUAUUAAAUGACACGAUUUUUGCUGCAGUCUGGGCUGAAAUAGUAACUGUUCUCUUCCAUAUGGAGCAUAAGAUUUUUGAACAUGGGGCAUCUCUGUUACACCACAAUGCUUCAUUUAUCAGGGUAUCUUACGACACAUUUUUUCAUUGUUCAAGAAAUUUUAGCCAACGCCUUUUGGAUAUUGCACUUGGCCAUACCGAGAUAAGUAUUUCUGUAAACUAAGGCAGAAAACAUUACACACAUUUAAAUGGAAUGCUGUCAUAUUUGGUGCCUAUUACUCACAUACUUGAACUACAGUGGCAUGCCAAACAGUCUGCUGUGAAAACUAUUUAAUCCAAGUACAGCUUAGUGAGACAUCAACGUAAGUACAAGUCAAACUAGAACAAAUGAGAACACCUGUGUGGGUAUACAGGGCCUUAAAAUGUUGCUGUUAGUCUUUUGUGAACUUUGCAUUGAAAUUAUUGAAGGGCUGUUCCCCACAUACUCGCAUUACAUAAAUGCCCCCUGCAGAGUCUGAAGCACCACUGAUUUGCAGGUAUAACGUAAUGUAAAAUUAAACACUACGUGAGUAUUAAUGGGCUGAAUUUUAAAGCAUCAUUUCAGAGACACUUGUUAUUUUCACAUACCAGUAAUUUUCCUACACUGAGGAUGCACACUUCAGCGUUACACCUGUUCCAAACACCAGUAGGUUUUUUUCACUUUCUGACAUGUCGUAGAGGAAUCACAGGUGUGAACAGAUUAAGUGAUGAAUUCCAUUUAGCUGCUGGUUGUUGGCGAUUGGCUCUUUCGCAUAUUACAAGGACCCUUGAACAUUAGCAACACCUGGGCUUUUUCUGAGUCAAAAUGUCUGCUGUUAAGUGUCAGACAUUAUUUUUACUCAGUAACACUGCCCUGUAAAAGUUGUCCCAACCUGUGUUAAUAUAAACUCAUCGACUGCUAUCCAUCAUAGUGGGAUUUCCAUACAGUCAUAGCCAACAUUGUAAUAUAAAUUCUUCCUACUGAUGCAUUUGUUCCCCAGAACUGAAGAAAAAAAAAAAAAAAAAAAAAACAGUGAAAGGUCAAAGCUUUCACUGACAGGUUAGAGGCAGCCGACACAAAGUACAAGACAUAAAAACUGACAUGAUUUUUAAUGAGAAAUACACGAAACUGAAAAAAUUGUACAAAUUGAAAUAAAAUAAAAAAAUUGCAUUAUUCUUAUAAUUUGUGGUAUUUUUUUGUUGUUUUUGUUGUUUUUGUACAUAGACUUUUCCAUCAUUAACCAUUAUGUGUUUU